AUGGCGCAAAGCAUAAACAACGAAGCAACCAAUGAUGACGCGGCGGCAAAUCACACCUCUGAGGCCGGGGCUAGUGCACCGCUUCUGCCUGUCUCUCGCCCAGAUCCCAGCGAGCCCCACGAGCCUGUGGCUGCCACUGGUAAUGAUUAUGACGAAGAAGAGGACGACGACUACGACCCCGAGGCCAAGGCCGCCGACGAUGAGGUAAGUGACGACAGCGACAAAGAAGAUCCCGGCGAGAAAUACGACUACAGCGCCAUCUCGGCCACCGCCACCCAGGUCCGGACCAGGAACCAGAGGUACCAGGAGAAGCAUGAGGCCGCCAGUAGAAUCACUAACAUCAUUGGGCCCGUGAGCUCGAACCUUGACUUUGACUCGAUCUUCAGCGACUUGAAGCUGAAGAGUGUCGAAGGUAAACCCACCAAUUGGAACGAAAUCCUAGGGUCUCAGGAUGAGGAUACCACUAAUAAGGACGCUCCAACCGCCCACCAGAGUCUCGUGCCGGCCGCUGCUUCUGGUCCUGCUACCUCCUCUACCACGAUAGAUGACCAGGAUAAAAUAUGGAUCAAGACGUCGUAUGUGUUUGCCGGUAAGGUCAUCACCGAGUCCAAGCAAGUGGAUGCGAACUCUGCCGAGGCCAAGGCAUUCUUGGGGUCUUCAGCCGGUCUCCAGAUAAACAGCAGUGACGAGCCGCAGAAUAGGGCGUUCGUUCCAGUGAUACGGACGAUUCCCGGUGAAAAAGAGCCUGUUGAGUUGCGAAUCAAGCUUAAAAGACCAUCAUUAAUCGACCGGUUUAUGAGCACACAAGGAAACAAGCACCAGAAGCUUUCUACGCUUGAGAAGUCUCGAUUGGACUGGGCAUGUUUUGUCGAUCAAAACAAGAUCAAUGAUGAAUUGAAACUCCACAACAAAGACGGUUACUUGGAGAAACAAGAUUUCUUGGGCCGUCUUCAGGCCAAACAAGACGAAUCCUACAGCCAGGCUAAAGAGGUUGACCGUGCACGGCGAUGGCAGGAACAACAGAAGGCACUUUAGUCAAUUGACCUGUAAAUAUGUAAUAUAAUGUACACUGGUAUCUUGUGUGAAAAA